AUGGCAGUUUCUGGCCAUGUGGCGCUGUCUGAUCUAGAUUGUUGGAGCCCGGUGAGGUCUGUGUGGCGCCGGCAGUUCACGGUAGUCGGAGCGGCGACAUACGAACGCGGCGUGGCAAGAGGUGGCGAAGCUCUGUCUACGGGAACCUAUGGAAGCGGGGAGCAGCGCCGGGCGGAGGAGCUGCUGCUGGCGGGAGGAGCUGCUGGCAGAGGGACGGGUACCGAAAGGAACCUGGGCGGUGCGGCUGCGGUGACUGAAGCUGGAGCAGCGGACGAAGGAGCCGCCGGAGGAGCGGCUGCCGGGGAGCUACGUGCAGAUGGCGGUGCGGGACAGUUGCUCGGGUACCGGAGGCGUCAAACAGGUACGUGCGCUGUGUCUGACCUGCAGGGUACAGGUCACGCGGGGGCUGGGUGGAGAAUGUGCACCCCGGGCAGAGCGGAGAUGCUUGGCGGAGCAACGGCCAUGGGAGGAGCAGCGACGGUGGGAAACACCAGGCGCAGUGGCUGCAGGGGGCCGCUGGCGGGGAGCGGCAGUAGCGGGAAGUGGAGGCUGAUGGGGAGAGGUGGCCGCAGAGGGCUCCUAGCAGUGGCUGACGUGAAGCAGUGGCUGAUGGGAAGGGGGGGCCCCCCAUAA